AUGGCUUUCCUUGGACUCUUCUCUUUGCUGGUUCUGCAAAGUUUGGCAUUAGGGACCACUUUCACUGAUGAAACCAUUGCUGAGUUGUCAGUGAAUAUGUAUAACCAUCUUCGAGCCACUGGAGAAGAUGAAAAUAUUCUCUUCUCUCCACUGAGUGUCACCCUUGCGAUGGGAAUGAUGGAACUUGGGGCCCAAGGGUCUACCCUGAAAGAAAUCCGUCAUUCAAUGGGAUAUGAUAGUCUGAAAAAUGGUGAAGAAUUUUCUUUCUUGAAGCAUCUUUCUCACAUGGUGACUGCUGAAGAGAGUCAGUAUGUGAUGAAAAUUGCCAAUUCCCUCUUUGUGCAAAAUGGAUUUCAUAUCAAUGAUGAGUUUUUGCAAAUGAUAAAAAAGUACUUUAACGCAGAAGUCAAUCAUGUGGACUUCGGUCAAAAUGUAGCUGUGGCCAACCAUAUCAAUAAGUGGGUGGAGAAUAACACAAAUAGUCUGUUGAAAGAUUUGGUAUCCCCAAGGGAUUUUGACGCCGUCACUCAUCUGGCCCUCAUCAAUGCUGUCUAUUUCAAAGGGAAUUGGAAGUCACAAUUUAGACCUGAAAAUACCAGAACUUUUUCCUUCACUAAAGAUGAUGAAAGUGAAGUCCAAAUUCCAAUGAUGUAUCAACAAGGAGAAUUUUAUUAUGGGGAAUUUAGUGAUGGCUCCAAUGAAGCUGGUGGUAUCUACCAAGUCCUGGAAAUACCCUAUGAGGGGGAUGAGAUAAGUAUGAUGCUGGUCUUGUCCAGACAGGAAGUUCCACUGGCCACUCUGGAGCCAUUGGUCAAAGCACAGCUGAUUGAAGAAUGGGCAAACUCUGUGAAGAAGCAAAAAGUGGAAGUGUACCUCCCCAGGUUCACAGUGGAACAGGAAAUUGAUUUAAAACAUGUUUUGAAGGCUCUUGGAAUAACUGAAGUUUUCAUCAAAAAUGCAAAUUUGACAGCCUUGUCUGAUAACAAAGAGAUUUUCCUUUCUAAAGCAAUUCACAAGUCCUUCAUAGAGGUUAAUGAAGAAGGCUCAGAAGCUGCUGCUGCUUCAGGAAUGAUUGCAAUUAGCAGGAUGGCUGUGCUGUAUCCUCAAGUUAUUGUCGACCAUCCAUUUUUCUUUCUUAUUAGGAACAGGAGAACAGGUACAAUCCUAUUCAUGGGACGAGUCAUGCAUCCUGAAACCAUGAACACCAGUGGGCAUGAUUUUGAGGAACUUUAA